AUGGGUUACAAGGGUGACACUCGCCAAUUUGUGAGUUAUCAAGAUCCCUAUGAAUGUGUUGUGCUCAGUCCUUGUAAUGUUUCUUUUGUGGUUGAGGAGCUUCUCAUUGUUAUAGUCAACAAGACUGCUGCUAAAGUGGUGCCGGAAGUCCUUGGGGUUCCCCAGGACAUUAUCUUCAACAUUGUCAACAUGGGUUGCAAGCAUUCUAAGCUCUCAGCUGUAGGCAAAGUCAAGGAGGCCAUCAUGCAAUCUACUGGUGAUCUCAGAACUCUGCACACUAACCUUGCAAAGUUACAAGCUGAUCACAUAGUGUUUGAGAGAGAGCAGGUCCAGAGCCAGCUAGAAGCCAACAUUGCUGCAAGGCAGCUCCUUGCUGAAGCUGCACUCAAGGUAGGCAUCACAAAUGAUUGCUGCCAUUUGAAAGCCAGAGCAUUUAUUACUUUGAUGGUUGAUGCCCAGGCUGCAAAUAUCCGAGUUGAGAAUCUGAGAUCCAAGGUUGAUUGA